AUGGUUCACUUCGUUCCCUUGCCGAAACUGCCGUCAGCCAAAGAGACGGCACAGCUCAUAGUCCUACAUGUUUUUCGCCUGCAUGGCCUCCCCAGAGAUGUGGUGUCAGACAGAAGCCCUCAGUUUGUGGUCCACUUCUGGAACGAGUUCUGUCAACUCCUGGGCAUAUCGGGGACCACAGUGUAUCCUCUCCUGACAUCUGUCCUGUAUGAUGAAACCGAGUGGGAGAGACCACACUCCUUCUAUCCUGCCCACUUCCUGGACAAAGACGGGAAGUUUGUCAAGCGAGAUGCCUUCAUGCCUUUUUCUGCAGGUCACAGGAUUUGUCUUGGAGAGAGUCUGGCCAGGAUGGAGCUCUUCAUCUUCUUCACCACCCUCCUGCAGCACUUCCGUUUCACUCCCCCGCCGGGAGUUUCAGAGGAUGAACUGGAUCUGACCCCACGUGUUGGCCUCAGUCUCAACCCUUUACCCCACAAACUGUGCGCUGUCUCCUGUUUGUGAGGAGGAGAGGUGACCUGAGUUCACUGUAAUUUGAGACAUGAUCCUCCAGUAAUUUCAUAUGACUAAGCAACUCAGAUACUGUGCAUGCAACUAAUUUCAAAUUCAUAGUGUUACACCACAUUCUGCUGUACUGUGCAAACCACACAGUGAUUUACAAGGUGUGCACACUGUUCAUACCCAUCAUGUGCAGUAGUGUUUCUCAAAUAUGUGAUGCAAUAACGCCUUUUAAUGGAGCACCUCAUUAAUUCUACAGAGCAGGGAAGAAGGGUUAUUAACAGUAUUACUGCAGUACAGCUUCUGGCCACCAGUGAGCGCUGAGUACAAAUCUACUGUAUAUAGAGUAAUUGGUGUUCUGAGAUCAUGUCCAGGCCUGUAGUGGUGAAAGGUGACUUCUCUAUUGAUGCCCACUGUCAAUGUGGUUGACAUCAUAGGGAAGAAACAAAAUUUCAUGUCUCUUUCUAGGAAAUGUCCAGUCAUAUCUGCUGGACUAACCUACUGUCUGUGUGUGCUUUUACCAUUAUGUAUGCUAUAGGCACUGCAUGUGUGCACUGUGGUGGGUCUUCUGAGUAAAAAUGAUUCAACAAACAUGCUGUGCAGUAUU